UAAUAACGAAGCUGCAAUGUUUUAUAAUUAUGUUAAAGACCUACCGUUUCCUGAUGGACCUGGAAAUACCGAAAUUCAAUUCUCGGCAUCGAAAGAUGAUGACGAUGAAUAUGUUACAUAUGAAUUAUCAAAUAACGAAGCUCUAAACAUUGGUUCACAAAAUAAUCAGGAAGCUACGCAAGAUAUAAAUGAUUCUGAUGAAUUCGAUCUUUAUGAACCAUCGAACAUUUCGAGUAAGAAAAAUAAAAGAAGCAAUGAAAAAACUUUAAAUGAAGCCGUUGAAGUGCCGAACAAUCCUAAGAGAAAUAAAAUAAGCGAAAAUAAAAUUUCAAAUGAACCUGAGUAUGCAUUAUAUGAGAAGCGAUCAACUCCAAAUAAGAUUUUCACGGGCAAAACAGAUUAUAAAUAUUUCUGGUCAAUUUCGACCCUUCUUGCAUUUCGGCAAGUGAUCACAAGCACGAUUACCACGGGACCUUUUGGUAUAAAUAUCUUUCUUGAAAAAGAGAUCGAUGUUGAAAAUACCUCAAUUAUGAUUAAGAAUGGGGUUGCCAGCUUAAGCAUUCCAAAAAAGAAACCCAAGCAACCCGUUAUUAUUUUAAUUGAUUGA